AACAUUGGAUUUUUUUUAACAUCCUUUUUUUCCUCCUACACAUGGAUAAUCCAUGUACUUGAAUUUUGAAUUUUGAAAAUUGAAUUCGUGAAGUGAAAUAUUUCAAGCCUUUUUGUUUGUUUGUUUAUUUUAAUCUUGAUGAUUAUUGGUUACUGUUACGCCACGGCCAGCAGAGGGCACUGGCUCGGCUCCGGACGAGUCACGUGACAUUGUUUUUGUUCGUUCGCUUCCUGAUUGAGCAUUUUGUGUCAAGUGACUUUAAUUUGCCCCAGGUGUCCAUGCUUUGAGUUAAUGAUGUUCUUUAUUUAAAUGCCUGGGUGAGUGAGCACUUCGCUCAGUAUUAUACCGUGUCUUUGGUUGAUCCUUGUGAAUAUUGUUUGGGUCAGUAGUUGCGUUUGUUUCCCAUGCCUCGAAUGUUCUCGUUUCCCGGUGAAGACCGCGUUUACAUUAACCCUGAGCUUGUGUCUAAUAAAGACUGUGACCUGCAUCCGCCUCCAGUCCCGUCUUGUAACAGAAUACUGAGCCCAAAAUGCGGAAGCAGCAGGUAGCCAUGAGCGCCGCAGAAGAGGCCAGGAUUUGGGCGCUUUACCGUUCGUCCCUGGAGAUGAGCAAACAGCUAGAAGAGGAAAUUGCUCAGUGCAAAGCCGAGCUGCGCGCCGCGUCGUCCCUCGCGCCAUUUACCCCGUCCCCGCCGCCAAGGAGCGACGCCGUGCAACGCAGCCAGCACAGUGACCUGAGUAUCUGGGGCUUCCCAAUGCAGGGGAGGUACACCAUGUUGUGCAGUCCAGAGGUGAAGGCUGGCCCAGAAAUUUUUUUUGGGGGGGCAACGAGGACAGCAGAGCUCCAGCCUGAGGCCUAUGGGGAGGUCUCAGCUGUGGAGCUCCUACCUGAGGUCAACAUGGCGACCUCAGAGCGACAGCUUAAGGUGGCUGAGGAGGCCGUCCCGCUGCCCUGCCCGGCCGAGGAGGCCGUCCUGCUGUCCAGCCCAGCAGAGGAGGUUGUCAUGCUGCCCUGCACAGCCGAGGAAGCUGUCCUGUUGUCCAGCCCAGCCGAGGAGGUCGUCACGCUGUCCUGCACAGCCGAGGAAGCUGUCCUGCUGCUCUGCUUGGCCCAGCCCGCCAGUCCCGCCGGGGAUGCCGCCCAGCUCGCCAGUCCCGCCGGGGAUGCCGCCCAGCCCGCCAGUCCCGCCGGGGAUGCCGCCCAGCCUGCCAGUCCCGCUGGGGGGCGGUGCCCUGUGUUCCAGAGCUGCUGGGGGGCGGUGCCCUGUGUUCCAGAGCUGCCGGGGGGUGUUGCUCCGCCCCUCCGCUGCCCGACGGAGGCUGCCUCGCUUUCCGUGGCAGCGAGAGACAGCUCGCACAGGGGCCCGGGACCCCUGUUGGAGGGGGGUUCUUGGUGCUCUGGGAGGAGCACCCUUUGGACGGGGGUUCUGUCAUGCCACGGCCAGCGGAGGGCACUGGCUCGGCUCCGGAUGAGUCACGUGACAUUGUUUUUGUUCGCUCGCUUCCUGAUUGAGCAUUUUGUGUUAAGUGACUUUAAUUUGCCUCAGGUGUCCAUGCUUUGAGUUAAUGAUGUUCUUUAUUUAAAUGCCUGGAUUCUUCCCACUGCGGAUCUUUGACCAGCACUUUUGGGAUCAGUGGGACAGUGAAUUUUUUGCACCUUUCCACUCCCUGUUUUACUACCAACCUUAUAUCAGCUGUCAUCGAAGUUGGUGGGACACUGGCAUGUCA